GUUUGACGUCUACCGUAUGAUUGACAUAACCUCAAAAAUAGUCAAUAACAUUGCUGCAAAAACUGAAAAAUAAAUGUUUUACGCCACUGAUACAUAAAUAUAAAUAAAAAUGAAAAUUAUAGUUGAGCAAGAAUAUACGUCUGUUGCAUGCAACCGCACGCCGGAGAUAGCCGACUGGAACAACGAAGGAAUUAUUUGUUUUGGUGCCAAAAAUGCUGUUGUUAUUUAUGACACGAAUUACAAAUCCAAAGAUCCCCUUACGGUCCUGAGCCAUCAUAAAUCUCAAGUGAACUCGGUGAAAUGGCUCCACAACUCAUGCACAGAGCUGGUGUCCUGUUCAGCAGACAAGACUGCGGCCAUAUGGACCCUUGAUGAUGGGUGGAAGGUCACCAGCACCCUCACAGGCCAUGGAGAUGGUGUAACAUGUGUCCACGGGAUUUUCGAUGGAGAGGAUCUGAUUGUAUUCACUGCUUCUAUUGAUUCUAGUGUUCGUGUGUGGGAGAGGAAAGGGGGUACGGUGUCCCUGAAACAAUCAAUCUGCCUGCAGUCCGGCCUGUGUCUAACCCUCCAUGCACACAUGCUGUCAGGCAAACCAGUCUUGUUCUGUGCCCUGGAUGACCACAAGAUACAUGUGUUUGCUGGGGAGGAGUAUCACAGGGUCCAUACAUUGGUUGGACAUGAGGAUUGGGUCCGAGGAAUGGAUGUGUUAGAUGUUGAAGACAACACAAUAUUACUAGCAUCGGCAUCACAAGACACGUACAUCCGUCUAUGGCGCAUACAAGAACACGUAGACCAGCCCACUACAGGAAUCAAGGUAGAAGAGAAGGUAUUUCAUGCUCACGGCAAGCCUUGGUCAGUGAAGCUCGAGGCGGUGUUGUCGGGACAUGAGGGAUGGGUGUAUGGAGUGCAGUGGCAUCCGUACAGCUAUGAGAAUGGCGUCAAAAAGCCAGUAUACCGUCUUCUAUCAUCGUCCCUGGACAAAACGCUCAUUAUCUGGGAGCCGGAGUCUUCUCCAGCCGGCGGCGAGGGAGAAGGGGUGUGGACGGAGAAGGUGCGCGUCGGUGAGGUGGGGGGCAACGGGCUCGGCUUCUACGGCAGCAGGUUCGGCCCUGGAGGAACGCAGUUCAUGGGUCACGGGUAUAAUGGAUCGUUCCAUAUAUGGAACUUUCGUAAGGAGACAGGUCAAUGGGAGCCGGCGGUGGUGGCGGGCGGCCACUACAGUGCGGUGGAGGACGUGGCGUGGGAGCCACACCGUGGCCGGUACCUCGUCAGCGUGUCCGCCGACCAGACCAGUCGCCUGCACGCGCCGUGGGUCAAGCAGGACGGCUCAUCAGAAUGGCACGAGAUCGCGCGCCCACAAGUGCACGGGUACGACCUGGCGUCUCUGGCGCUCAUCACCAGCACCACGUAUGCGUCAGCCGCCGAGGAGAAGGUGAUCAGGGUGUUCACAGCGCCGCACAACCUCAUCACCAACUUCAAGAAUAUAGUCGGUGAUGAGCUGGUGAAAAGGUGGAGCGGUCCAGAAGGAGCGUCCGUGCCGUCUCUAGGGUUAUCCAACAAGGCUGUGUUCAGCGGUGAAGACAAACCAGACUCUAGUGAUGACAAUGACGGGUACUUCGUGCCAGUGGAUAUGACAGAGCCGCCGAAGGAGGAGACGCUGGUGCAGCACACGCUGUGGCCGGAGACACAGAAGCUGUACGGACACGGGUAUGAGGUGUUCGCACUCGCCGCCAGCCCCGACGGCGCGCUGCUCGCCUCCGCCUGCAAGGCCACCACUCUGGAACACGCCGCCGUUCUCAUAUGGGAGACAUCGACAUGGCAUCAGAUCCAGAAAUUAACUUCCCACACGUUAACAGUAACGCAAAUGGCGUUUUCACCCGACAGUAGUCGUUUACUGUCAGUGUCGCGCGACCGCAGAUGGUCGUUAUUCUGCAGGCGACAAGGUUCAAACUUGUUCGACAUGGUCGCCAGCACCGAUAAGACUAACGGAGUACAUUCCAGGAUCAUCUGGUGCUGCGCGUGGGCACAUGAUGGUAGCGUGUUUGCGACAGGAUCACGUGAUGGGAAACUAUGCGUGUGGACCAAAAAGGAGAUGAAAUCUCAAUCCUCCCUCGGCAUGUACGGGCUGUUGGGCGAGGCUCUGAGUCUGCCCAACACUUCCAUAACCGCCAUAGCGUUCGCACCGCUCAAGGUGUCCGGUGAGAGGAUAGUAAGCAUUGGGUUCGAGUCCGGGGUGAUCAGAAUAUACAGCUUUGGUGAUGCUUGGAGGCUUCUUCGGGAGUUGGAUAAUAGCGCGGCGCACCACCUGGCGGUGCGGCGCGUGUGCUUCCGUCCGCUGCGGGAGGGCGGCGACGUGCUGCUCGCCAGCUGCGGCGCAGACAACUUGUUGAGGAUACAUCGCGUCACUAUAUGUUAAUUUAUCAUAAAUAUUUUAAGUGUUGUGGUUUUGUUUUA